AUGUCAAGAAUCAGUGUCGACUUGAUACGAAUAAGCUACCUAAGUGCAUUUCUAUUUACAGCGGUUGGUGAAGCUGGACAUUCUGUUACGCUCAACGAAAGACGAAUCAAGAUUGAGUCAUUUGAUGGUUCCAUUACAACUAUAGGAGGUAUACUUGUUGGUCACAGUUCGAAAUCAGAACGUCCUACUGGAUGCACCGUUAUUUUGUGCAAUACGACAUGUGUUGGCGGCGUCGACGUUCGUGGAUCAGCUCCGGGCACACGUGAGACUGAUCUUCUAGAUCCAAUAAAUUUGGUGAAUACUGUUAACGCUAUUGUUUUAUCUGGCGGUAGCGCAUUUGGACUCGACACAGCAUCAGGAGUUGUUCGAUGUCUUACCGAAAAGAACAUGGGCUUCGCGACCCGCAGUCGUCCAGUUCCUAUUGUACCAGCUGCUGUAUUAUACGAUUUAAGCGUUGGCAAUGAUCCAUUCAUAGUACCUGAUGCGAACUUGGGUUACUCAGCUUGCAUCGCAGCUAAUAAUUCACGCGUCACCGAAGGUAAUGUAGGGGCCGGCACUGGAGCUACUAUAGGAAAAUUAUUUGGCAUGGAACGUGCUAUGAAAACGGGACUUGGUAGUACUUCGCUGACUGUUCGAGAUUUGAUCACAAAUGCUACAGUCACGGUUGGUGCACUUGUCGCCGUUAAUGCAGUUGGAGAUGUGUAUAAAGAUGGAACAUUAAUAGCGGGCGCUAGAACCUCCGAUGGUAAACGUUUGCUAAACACACUAAAUACCUUACUCGGCAUCAGUCCAACUGUUGCCAGCAUUUCUCCAGUUGGAACUGCAACAACACUUGCUUGUGUAGCUACUGAUGCCAAGCUCACUAAGGCUCAAGCUAAAAAGGUGUCACAGAUGGCUCAUGAUGGGUUCGCUCGAGCAAUCAAUCCUAUUCAUACAAUGUUCGAUGGAGAUAUCAUCUUCACAUUGGCCACUGGAGCUUCUCCUGUGUCGAAUACUGAUCUCAUCGGGAUGAUGGCUGCUGAAACUAUUGAACGCGCAAUCAUUCGAGCCGUUGAGCAAGCGACCGGUCUCCCGGGCCUCCCUAGUAUACAUGAGUUAGGCUCAACAGGUGAUAAAAUUGUAUUCAACAUUGCUAUAUUAGCGUCCCUUUUGUUCUUAAAAUUUGUCUAG